UGUAUGUGUGUGACUAGUGUCCGAAUUCAGGGCUUUCUCUUGCAAAGCAGGUACUCUACCACUUGAAUCACACCUUCAGUCCAUUUAGCUCUGGUUAUUUUGAAGAUUGGGAUCUCCCAAACUAUUUGCCUGGGAUGGCCUUGAGCCACUAGUCUCCUGAACUCAGCCUCCUAAGUAGCUAGGAUCACAGGUGUAAGCUACCAUGCCUAGCACUUUGUUAGUUUUUGAUAGGCCAGUCAUAUAGCUGUGUUUUAAAGGUAGAGCGAAUAGCCUUGACUGCACCCUGUGGAAGGAGCAGCUGAGACAGUGUGUUAAAAUAGUGAAAAAGUUUUUUGAGUUGAGAUUUGCGGAUCUGAAAUGAGGCAGUGGUGGUUAGUGAUCAUCAUCAGAGGUGAUAGUCUUGUAAAUGUUUUGUUUCUCACAUUAUCCUUAUCCCAGGUAAUGGAUUUUCCUUUAAAAAAUAUUAAUGUAGGAGCUUUCGUUGGCAGAGUCUUAGAUUGAUAUUGGCUCUUUUACAUGGAUUUGAAUUAUCUGAUUCUUGGGAUAAUAUAACUUUUACCUACUUAAAAAUUGCAGGCUAUUUUACUUGACAGUAAAGAAGAUGGUGAAACUGAUUCACACAUUAGCUGAUCAUGGUGAUGAUGUCAACUGUUGUGCUUUCUCCUCUUCCCUCUUGGCUACUUGUUCCUUGGACAAAACAAUUCGCCUGUACUCCUUAAAUGACUUUACUGAACUACCACACUCUCCAUUGAAGUUUCACACCUAUGCUGUCCACUGCUGCUGUUUCUCCCCUUCAGGACAGAUUUUGGCAUCAUGUUCAACGGAUGGUACCACUGUCCUUUGGAGUACUCAAAAUGGACAGACUUUGGCAGUGAUGGAGCAGCCCAGCGGCAGUCCUGUGAGGGUUUGCCGGUUUUCCCCAGACUCUACUUGUUUGGCAUCAGGGGCAGCUGAUGGAACUGUUGUUUUGUGGAAUGCACAAUCAUACAAGUUACAUAGGUGUGGUAGUGUGAAGGACGGCUCCUUGGUGGCCUGUGCAUUUUCUCCCAGUGGAAACCUCUUUGUCACUGGCUCCUCAUGUGGAGAUUUAACAGUAUGGGAUGAUAAAAUGAGGUGUCUGCAUAGUGAAAAAGCACACGAUCUUGGAAUUACCUGCUGUGAUUUUUCUUCACAGCCAGUUUCUGAUGGAGAACGAGGCCUUCAGUUUUUUCGAUUGGCAUCAUCUGGUCAGGAUUGCCAAGUCAAAAUUUGGAUUGUUUCUUUUACCCAUGUCUUAGGUUUUGAAUUAAAAUAUAAAAGUACACUGAGUGGGCACAGUGCUCCUGUUUUGGCGUGUGCUUUUUCUCAUGAUGGGCAGAUGCUAGUCUCAGGAUCAGUGGAUAAGUCUGUCAUAAUAUAUGAUACUAAUACUCACAAUGUACUUCACACAUUGACUCAGCAUACCAGGUAUGUCACAACUUGUGCCUUUGCACCCAGUGUCCUUUUACUUGCUACUGGUUCGAUGGACAAAACAGUGAACAUCUGGCAAUUUGACCUGGAAACACUUGGCCAAGCAAGGAGCACAGAAGAUCAGCUGAAACAAUUUACUGAAGACUGGUCAGAGGAGGAUGUCUCAAUGUGGCUUUGUGCACAAGGUUUAAAAGACCUUGUCAGUAUUUUCAAGAUGAAUAACAUUGAUGGAAAAGAACUGUUGAAUCUUACAAAAGAAAGUCUGGCUGAUGAUUUGAAAAUUGAAUCUCUAGGCCUACGUAGUAAAGUGCUGAGGAAAAUCGAAGAGCUCAGGAACAAGAUGAAUUCCCUUUCCUCUGGAAUUCCUGAUGAAUUUAUAUGUCCAAUAACUAGAGAACUUAUGACAGAUCCUGUCAUCGCGUCGGAUGGAUAUUCAUAUGAAAAAGAAGCAAUGGAAAACUGGAUCAGCAAAAAGAAACGUACAAGUCCCAUGACAAAUCUUGUUCUUCCUUCAGUGGUACUUACACCAAACAGAACUCUGAAAAUGGCCAUAAACCGAUGGCUAGAGACACAGCAAAAGUAAAAUUGUUGGGCUGGGUGUGGUGUCACAAUCUUGUAACCCCAGCUACUUAACAGGUGGUCCAAGGCUGGCUGGGGA